AUGAAUGACUUGAUUCCGCUCGUUAACAAGCUUCAGGAUGUCUUCAACACCAUCGGAAGCGACCAGAUCGACUUGCCCCAGAUUGUCGUUGUCGGAUCCCAGUCGUCUGGAAAAUCGUCUGUCCUAGAGACCAUUGUCCAGAAGGACUUUUUGCCAAGAGGCAAUGGCGUUGUCACUCGUCGUCCUUUGGUCCUGCAGCUUGUCAACACGCACAUUAGAAAUAUGCCACCUACGUCAGGUUCCUCGGAAAGCACACUGAACGAUGCCCCUGACCGUGCAGAGUUCCUGCAUUUGCCCAACAAGCAGUUCUUCGACUUUGAAGAGGUCCGGAAGGAGAUUGAAGUCGAGACAGCCCGUGUUGCUGGGCAGAACAAGGCUAUUUCAAGGACGCCUAUCCACCUCAAGAUCUUUUCCAAGAACGUCUUGAACCUGACCCUUGUCGACUUGCCAGGAGUGACGAAGAUUCCUGUUGGUGACCAACCCACCGAUAUUGAGAAGCAGACCCGCAAUCUGAUCCUAGACUACAUUCUCAAGCCCAACAGUGUCAUUCUUGCUGUGUCACCUGCCAAUGUCGACCUUGCCAACUCGGACAGUCUCAAGCUUGCGCGUCAGGUGGAUCCUGAAGCAAAGCGCACGAUCGGUGUCUUGACGAAGCUGGAUCUCAUGGAUGCAGGAACCAACUCGCUCGACAUCCUCUCUGGACGAGCGUAUCCCAUUAAGCUGGGUUUCAUCGGCGUCGUCAAUAGAAGUCAGGCGGAUAUCCAGAACAACAAGCCCAUGGCUGAUGCCUUUAAGAGCGAAACUGAGUUCUUUCAAAAUCACCCAGCCUAUCGUGCAAUUGCUCAUCGCUGCGGUACAACCUUUUUGGCUAAGACGCUCAAUACGAUUUUGAUGAACCACAUUCGUGACAAACUGCCAGAUAUCAAAGCCAAGCUGAACUCAUUGAUUGGACAGACCCAGCAAGAACUGACCUCAUACGGAGAUCCAUCAUUUACCGGCACGGCCCACAGAGGCACAUUGAUCCUGCAAUUGCUAACUAAAUUUGCGAGCGACUUUGUUGCUGCCAUUGACGGAACUUCUGCGGACAUUUCGACAAAGGAGUUGUGCGGAGGCGCAAGAAUUUAUUACAUCUUCAAUAACGUCUUUGGCGCUGCCCUCGACUCUGUGAACCCAUGCGAGAACUUGUCCGUGCAGGACAUUCGCACCGCGAUUCGCAACUCUACAGGACCCCGUCCUUCUCUGUUCGUACCAGAAAUUGCAUUCGAUCUUUUGGUCAAGCCCCAGAUCAAGCUCCUCGAGUCUCCAAGUUUGAGAUGUGUUGAGCUCGCGUAUGAAGAGCUGGUCAAGAUUUGCCAUAACUGUGGCGGAAAGAACCUCGUACGUUUCCCUAGAUUUCACGCCAAGUUGAUCGAGGUUGUGUCGGAUCUUCUUCGCGAACGUUUGGGACCUACCUCGGAAUAUGUUGAGAGUUUGAUCAGCAUCCAGCGCUCGUAUAUCAAUACCAAUCACCCUGACUUCAUUGGUGGUGGCGGGGCUAUGUCUGCGCUCGAGAGGGCUUCUCAGAAGAAGAAGAAGAAGGAGAUUGAACGGACAAGGAGGUUGAGCACCGUCAACAUGGUCCUCACUGGCAGCAGCGGCGACUCGCCCAGCACCCGGGAAGAGAAUGGCGAAAAAUCGGUUACCAGCGCUAUGAACAACUUGACCCAUGGUGGACCCAACAGCGGCUCGAUCUCGUCUUUGAACGGAUCGCCCCAGGGAGCGAACGCGGGAGGCAAAGACACUUUCUUGAACUACUUCUUCGGCGGGCCCCAACAGCGCAUGGAUCGCCCUGUUCUGGAAGAGAACGUCCAUCGAUCGAGCAACGUCCACAAUGUUGCAAAGGAAAUGGUUAUGCCCAAGACUGUCCUCGAUGGCGAGCCCCUUGACUUUGACAAGAAGCUGGACCAUAUGACGGACACAGAGGAGUUUUUAAACCUGAAUGAGCGUGAGGACAUGGAAACCCAGCUCAUCCGCUCCUUGAUCGUAUCGUACUUCAACAUCACUCGUAAAUCGAUCCAGGAUUUGGUUCCCAAGGCUGUCAUGCACCUGCUUGUCAAUUACUCGCGUGAGUCCGUGCAGAACCGCCUGGUUGCAACGCUGUACAAGGAAGAGCUGUUCAAUGAAUUGCUCCAGGAGGACGACAACCUGUGUGCGGAGCGUGCAAAGUGCAAGGCUAUGCUCGACGUCUUUAAGAAUGCUUUCACAAUCAUUAAUGAGGCCAUGUAG